CUCCAAUCCAGGAUCCUCUGCUGAUAUCUUCUAUAUAAGAGAAUUCUCCUGGAUGACCCAUCAACCAUGGAGAGAGACAGGAAUAAGAUGGCCGACAGGAUCAUAAACCUCACCCUACAGAUACUCUUCCGGCUUACUGGAGAGGAUUACACAGUAGUGAAGAAGUCCUCUAGUGGGCGCUGUCGGGCCUCUGAGUGCGAAGGAUGGGGAAGAACCCUGAGCCCAAUCCCGGGGCCCCCACCUCACUCCCUGAUACAUGAGGAAAUGGAUGAACAGAAGAUCCGAGAACUCAUCAACAAGAUGAUGGAGCUGCUGACUGGAGAGGUUCCUAUAAGGUGUCAGGACGUGGCGGUCUAUUUCUCCAUGGAGGAGUGGGAGUAUGUAGAAGGACACAAGGAUCAGUACAAGGAUCAGGUCAUGAUGGAGGAUCAGCAGCCCCUCACAUCACCAGUCAGAUCCAGUAAGAGAACAGCACCAGAGAGGUGUCCCCGUCCUCUUCUUCCACAGGAUGAUCAGGGUGAAGAUCCGAACAAUAUUAAUGCUCCAGAGACAGAUGUGAGCAGUGAUGAGCAGUAUAAGGAGGACAUUCCUACAGGAAAAGAUCUGAUUUAUAAAAAUACUACAGACAUAAAGGAAGAAGAAGAGACAGAUGUGAGCCGUGAUGAGCAGUAUAAGGAGGACAUUCCAACAGGAAAAGAUCUGAACAAUAUUAAAGCUACAGACAUAAGGGAAGAAGAAGAGACAGAUGUGAGCGGUGAUGAACAGUAUAAGGAGGACAUUCCUACAGGUAACCACCCAGAUUCUUGUAGCAGGAGAUCAGAGGAGAAUCUUAUAUCUUCAGAUUAUAAAGCAGAUGAUGAUAUCACACAAGAUACAUAUGAAGAACAUUCCAUUAUCCCAGAUACACCCUCAGCCCUUCACAGCCAAGAUCUGUCAUCUCAUCCUUAUAUACAGGUCCUGUCUUCUCAGUCAUCACAGGAUGUUCAGCAAAAUAAAGGUCACAGAAGGGGUGUUGGACAUCAACGAGCUCAUACAGGAAAGAAACCAUAUUCAUGCUCAGAAUGUGGGAAAUGUUUAAUUAAGAAGUCAAGUCUUGUUGAACAUCAGAAAAUUCACACAGGAGAGAAACCAUUUUUAUGUCCAAAAUGUGGUAAAUGUUUUAUUCAGAAAUCAGCUCUUGUUCAACAUCAAAGAACUCACACAGGGGAGAAGCCAUUUUCAUGUUCAGAAUGUGGAAAAUGUUUUACUGAAAACUCAUGUCUUGUUCAACAUCAAAGAACUCACACAGGGGAGAAGCCAUUUUCAUGUUCACAAUGUGGGAAAUGUUUUACUAAGAAAUCAAAUAUUGUUAAACAUCAAAGAACUCACACAGGGGAGAAGCCAUUUUCAUGCUCAGAAUGUGGGAAAUGUUUUACUUUCAAAGGAGAUGUUACUCGACAUAAAAAAACUCACACAGGAGAGAAGCCAUUUUCAUGUUCAGAAUGUGGAAAAUCUUUUACUGUAAAAUCACAUCUUGUUAAACAUCAAAGAACUCACACAGGGGAGAGGCCAUUUUCAUGCUUAGAAUGUGGGAAAUGUUUUACUUUUAAAUCAAAUCUUCUUGUACAUCAAAGACAUCACACAGGAGAGAAGCCAUUUUCAUGUUCAGAAUGUGGUAAAUAUUAUACUGAAAAAUCAAAUCUUGUUAAACAUCAAAGAACACACACAGGGGAGAAGCCAUUUUCAUGUUCAGAAUGUGGGAAAUGUUUUACUGAAAAAUCAGGUCUUGUUCAACAUCAAAGAACUCACACAGGGGAGAAGCCAUUUUCAUGUUCACAAUGUGGGAACUGCUUUACUAAGAAAUCAAAUAUUGUUAAACAUCAAAGAACUCACACAGGGGAGAAGCCAUUUUCAUGCUCAGAAUGUGGGAAAUGUUUUACUUUCAAAGGAGAUGUUACUCGACAUAAAAAAACUCACACAGGAGAGAAGCUAUUUUCAUGCUCAGAAUGUGGGAAAUGUUUUACUGAGAAAUCAAAUCUUGUUAGACAUCAAAGAACUCACACAGGGGAGAAGCCAUUUUCAUGUGCAGAAUGUGGGAAAUGUUUUACUCAGCAAUCAAAUCUUGUUAAACAUCAAAGAACUCACACAGGGGAGAAGCCAUUUUCAUGUGCAGAAUGUGGGAAAUGUUUUACUCAGCAAUCAAAUCUUGUUAAACAUCAAAGAACUCACACAGGGGAGAAGCCAUAUUCAUGUUCAGAAUGUGGAAAGUGUUUUACCAAGAAAUCAAAUCUUGUGAGACACAAGAGAAGCUACAAAGGAGAGAAGCCGUUUUCAUGUCCACAAUGUGAGAAAUGUUUUACUGGGAAACAAGGUCUUGUUCGCCAUCAAAGAACUCACACAGGAGAGAAGCCAUUUCCAUGUUCAGAAUGUGGGAAAUGUUUUACUCAGAAAUCAUACCUUGUUGUACAUCAAAGAACUCACACAGGAGAGAAGCCAUUUUCAUGUUCAGAAUGUGGGAAAUGUUUUACUUAUAAAUUAGACCUUGUUGUACAUCAAAGAAAUCACACAGGAGAGAAGCCAUUUUCAUGUUCAGAAUGUGGAAAAUGUUUUGCUUUUAAAUCAUGUCUUGUUGUACAUGAAAGAACUCACACAGGAGAGAAGCCAUUUUCAUGUUCAGAAUGUGGGAAAUGUUUUAAUUAUAAAUCAGGUCUUGUUGUACAUCAAAGAACUCACACAGGAGAGAAGCCAUUUUCAUGUUCAGAAUGUGGGAAAUGUUUUACUCAGAAAUCAGACCUUGUUUUACAUCAAAGAACUCACACAGGAGAGAAGCCAUUUUCAUGUUCAGAAUGUGGGAAAUGUUUUGCUCAGAAAUCAGAUCUUAUUAAACAUCAAAGAACUCACACAGGGGAGAAGCCAUUUCCAUGUUCAGAAUGUGUGAAAUGUUUUACUCAGAAAUCAGACCUUGUUUUACAUCAAAGAACUCACACAGGAGAAAAGCCAUUUUCAUGUUCAGAAUGUGGGAAAUGUUUUGCUCAGAAAUCAGACCUUGUUGUACAUAGAAAAACUCACUCAGGAGAGAAGCCAUUUUCUUGCGCAGAAUGUGGGAAAUGUUUUGCUCAAAAAUCAAUUCUUGUUAACCAUCAAAUAACUCACACAGGGGAUAAGCCAUUUUUAUGUUCAGAAUGUGGCAAAUGUUUUACUCGCAAAUCAGACCUUGUUGUACAUCGAAAAACUCACACAGGAGAGAAGCCAUUUUCAUGUUCUAACACAGGGGAGAACAUGAAGCAGAGCAAAAAAUAAUGCAAAUAACACAUCUAUAUAUUAACCAUGUACAUAGGAUAGUUGACAAUAAUACAUACUUAUAUAUAUUUAUACAAUAUAUGCUUCAUCUCCAAACUUGAUAUCAAUUUUAAAGAAGUUCUCUAUAUUAUACUGCUCAAAAAAAUAAAGGGAACACUAAGAUAACAGAUCCUAGAUCUGAAUGAAUGAACUUAUUGUAUGAAAUACUUUCGUCUUUACAUCGUUGAAUGCGCUGACAACAAAAUCUCACAAAAAAUAUCAAUGGAAAUCAAAUGUAUCAACCCAUGGAGGUCUGGAUAUGGAGUCACACUCAAAAUCACAGUGGAAAACCCCACUACAGGCUGAUCCAACUUUAUGUAAUGUCCUUAAUACAAGUCACAAUGAGGCUCAGUAGUGUGUAUGGCCUCCACGUGCCCGUAUGACCUCCCUACAACGCCUGGACAUGCUCCUGAUGAGGUGGAGGAUGGUCUCCUGAGAGAUGUCCUCCCAGACCUGGACUAAAGCAUCCACCCACUCCUGGACAGUCUGUGGUGGAUGGAGCGAGACGUCCCACAACUGCUCAAUCGGAUUCAGGGGAACGAGCGGCCAGUCCAUAGCAUCAAUGCCUUCCUCUUGUAGAUACUGCUGACACACUCCAGCCACAUGAGGUCUAGCAUUGUUUUGUAUUAGGAGGAACCCAGGGCCAACCGCACCAGCAUAUGGUCUCACAAGGGGUCUGAGGAUCUCAUCUCGGUACCUAAUGGCAGUCAGGCUACCUCUGGCAAGAACAUGGAGGGCUGUGCGGCCACCAAAGAAAUGCCACCCCACACCAUUACUGACCCACCGCCAAACCGGUCAUGCUGGAGGAUGUUGCAGGCAGCAGAAUAUUCUCCACGUCUGUCACAUGUGCUCAGUGUGAACCUGCUUUCAUCUGUGAAGAGCACAGGGCACCAGUGGGGAAUUUGACAAUCUUGUUGUUCUCUGGCAAAUGCCAAACAUCCUGCACGGUGUUGGGCUGUAAGCACAACCCCCACCUGUGGACGUCAGGCCCUCAUACCACCCUUAUGUAUCUGUUUCUGACCGAUUGAGUGGACACAUGCACAUUUGUGGCCUGCUGGAGGUCUUUUUGCAGGGCUCUGGCAGUGCUCCUCCUGCUCCUCCUUGCACAAAGGCGGAGGUAGCAGCCAUGCUUCUGGGUUGUUGCCCUUCUACGUCCUCCUCCACAUCUCCUGAUGUACUGGCCUGUCUCCUGGUAGCGCCUCCAUGCUCUGGACACUACACUGACAGACACAGCAAACCUUCUUGCUACAGUUCGCAAUGAUGUGCCAUCCUGGAUGAGCUGCAAUACCUGAGCCACUUGUGUGGGUUGUAGACUCCGUCUCAUACUACCACUAGAGAGAAAGCACUGCCAGCAUUCAAAAGUGACCAAAACAUCAGCCAGGAAGCAUAUGAACUGAAAAGUGGUCUGUGGUCACCACCUGCAGAACCACUCCUUUAUUGGGGGUGCUAAUUGCCUAUAAUUUCCACCUGUUGUCUGUUCCAUUUGCACAACAGCAUGUGAAAUUAAUUGUCAAUCAGUGUUGCUUCCUGAGUGGACAGUGUGAUUUCACAGAAGUGUCAUUGACUAGGAGUUACAUUGUGUUGUUUAAGUGUUCCCUUUAUUUUUUUGACUUAUAAUAAAUGUAAUAUUGUCCCUGACGUUGUAUAUAGGGAAUGUAACGCGUCAGUGUUGUCCCCGCCCCCUUCUCAUUAUGAUUAUAGAGACUUUAAUUCAAGGCAUCAGACAGGAUCCGCGCGUCUCCCUUGAAGAUCGUCUCUUCUGAACAUAAGACGCUGCAGAUACUUUUAUUUAUCACAAACCCUAGACCAGCGUUUCCCGUCUUGACGUCUAUUUUCGGUCUCAAAUCUUAAAAUCCAUUUUUCUAUAUGAGAAGUCGUCAAUAUGUCAGCGUCCCCCGGGUUCAGUAAACAUCGGUGUAAUUCUUUUCCUU